GGAAGCGGCGACUGCUGUUGGGGAGGUUGGCGGCGUGCGGAUGCAGGUGGCGCGGCACGUCGUGUGCGCCCUGUCCGGCGGGGUGGACAGCGCCGUGGCCGCCCUGCUGCUGAGGCGGAGAGGUUACCAGGUGACGGGGGUGUUCAUGAAGAACUGGGACUCGCUAGAUGAACACGGGGUUUGCACUGCCGACAGAGACUGUGAAGAUGCUUACAGAGUUUGCCAGAUCCUAGACAUCCCGUUCCAUCAAGUGUCCUACGUGAAGGAGUAUUGGAAUGACGUGUUCAGUGAUUUUUUAAGUGAAUACGAGAAAGGAAGGACUCCCAAUCCUGACAUAGUUUGCAACAAGCAUAUCAAAUUCAGCUGUUUUUUCCAUUAUGCUGUGGAUAAUCUCGGAGCAGACGCGGUCGCCACAGGUCACUAUGCCAGAACCUCACUGGAAGAUGAAGAAGUCUUUCAGCAGAAGCACAUUAAGAGGCCAGAAGGGCUUUUCAGAAAUCGAUUUGAAGUUAGAAAUGCGGUAAAGCUUCUGCAAGCAGCUGACAGCUUUAAAGACCAGACCUUCUUUCUCAGCCAGGUUUCCCAAGAUGCCCUGAGGAGAACCCUCUUCCCUCUGGGGGGAUUAACGAAAGAUUUUGUCAAGAAAAUAGCUGCAGAGAAUAGACUUCAUCAUGUGCUUCAGAAGAAAGAGAGCAUGGGCAUCUGCUUCGUCGGUAAAAGAAAUUUUGAAAAUUUCAUCCUUCAGUAUCUGCAGCCUCGGCCUGGUAAAUUUAUUUCCAUAGAAGACAAUAGAGUUCUGGGAACACAUAAAGGUUGGUUCCUGUAUACUUUGGGCCAGAGAGCCAGGAUAGGCGGCUUACGCGAGCCCUGGUAUGUGGUGGACAAGGACGGCACCAAGGGUGACGUGUUUGUGGCCCCCCGGACAGACCACCCGGCUCUGUACCGGGACCUGCUGCGGACCAGCCGCGUGCACUGGAUCGCAGAGGAGCCGCCCGCCGCCCUGGUCCGCGACAAGAUGAUGGAGUGCCACUUCCGGUUCCGCCACCAGAUGGCGCUAGUGCCGUGCGUGCUGACCCUCAAUCAAGACGGCACCGUGUGGGUGACGGCCGUGAAGGCCGUGCGGGCCCUCGCCCCGGGACAGUUUGCCGUCUUCUACAAAGGGGAUGAGUGUCUGGGCAGCGGGAAAAUCCUGCGCUUGGGGCCGUCUGCCUACAUACUCCAGAAGGGCAAGAGCAAGUCCAGGGUGUCCACCGAGGGCCCCAGCGAUGGCCCGGGCAGCGGCCCAGGGUUGGGUCCCACGCUCUGAAGGAGGCGCGGCUGCUGGCAAGCGCCGGGCGCGGACACGGAGGAACAGAGCCUGGGGUGGGGCAGCGAGGGGGAGCUUGGUGGGAUGUGCGGCCCCAGUUCCCUCCAGGCUGGCCGAGCUUCCAGAAAGCCGCCAGAGCCAAGGAGAGCCCCGGAGAGGCCAGCCCUGGCUUCUCCAAGUCGGCGCUCUAGCCAGAAAGACUUGCUGGCUAGUGGGUGUGUCCCAAGUGCCCCAUUUCUAGAGUGGCUCUUUCAUGCUCCCUGGAAAGUUUCCCACCUGCAGGCACGCAGGGGACCUGGCCGAGGAGGCUGCGGGGACAGCAGCAGUCAAUAAAACAUCUGUCUGGGACACGGAUUCUGACGGGGGUCUCCUGGGGGGUGGAAGCCGCAGGUGCAGAGAGGCAGGCGGACAGUUCAGAGGCAGGAGGAGGGUUGGAGGCCUCGCUCCCCGCUCCCACCUCCCCGCUCCCACCGUGCCCUCCCUCCCCUGUGGCGGGGGGGUGGGGGUGGACUUGAGCCAAGCCCCACCUGCACGGGCGCCCUCGGGUGUGUGAGGGCCUGAGGCCCAGAGGCCCCCCUCCCCCUGCAGAAUGCUCGGUGCCCUGGCUGCCUCCCAGGGAAGGCCUGAGGGGCCUGCGUCCCAGGGAGGAGGGCUUGGCCGCAGCCAGCGCGUGCCUGUGUGUCUCCGUCCGUCUGGGCUGCUGGCACCGGCCAUCUCGGGCGGGGCCGCUCACAAACGACACGUUUGCUCCUCGCGGUUGCAGAGACCGGAAGUCCGAGGUCAGGGUGCCAGCGGGGUCGGCCGAGCCUCCCCUGAAGGUUCACAGCCGACCGCUCGCUGUGUCCUCACGCGGCCAAAGGGUGAGGGGUCUUUCUGGGGCUUCUUACAGGAACACUAACCCCGUUCGCCAGGAAUCCACCCUCGUGACCUAAGUGCCUUCCGAAGGCCUCAUCUCUUAAUACUGUUGCGUUGGGGAUUCAGGGUUUCGACAUUCCGGUUUUGGCGGGGGCACACUCAACUCAGCCCGUAGCAUAGGUGUGCGUGCGUGCGUGCGUGUAUUUUGUGGCACAGGCCGGGCCGAGAACUGCUUGGCAAGUGACGAUAAAAACUUCAGAGCCAGCUGUGCUGAGUGGGCGACAGACACGCGUUGGCCCCGGGGCAUUUUCAUCACCGCAGAGUCCUGGAGAGCCCCUCGCCUGCUGCCUGUGCAGUAAGGGCUCCUUUGGGCAACAGCCCCAGGCCUUGGGAGUGGGAAGUAUGGAGACGCUCUGCCUCGGGGUGUGGGGGAGUUGUCAGGUGGGUCAGGCAGGAGAUCGGCCUUUCCUAGGGACGCCCGGCCGUGUCUGGGCCCCACUGCCUCCAGCUUGCCUGCCCUGAAGGUAGGGCCUGGGCAGGGCAGCACCCCCUCCAGGCUUCCUGGUGCUUUGCCCCAAGGGCUCAGCCCCCUGCUCUGCUAAGGACAGAGAGCCUGGGCUCCCUUCUCUCACUGGCCUCAGACCCAGCACAUUCUUGGUGCUUUGAGCUUCUGUGGGGGCCAGAAGUGUGGUUCCCUGUCUUCUAUGGACAGAAGGUUCUAGACUAGAGGUAGCAUAGCCCUCCAGGCAUGGUGCUGCAGAAGCACCCGGGAAGGUUGUCACGUGGCCCCGCCCUUCAGGGCCUGUAGUGGGGACAGGACCAGUCCUGGGUCUGGGUCCCAGGGGUGUGAACCCCCUCCCCCUGAGGCAGAUCACGGGCCCCAGAGGACUACCGUGAGAAGUGGGCUUCCUUCUGAACGGGAGGGAGGCCUGGGUGGUUUUGAGCAGAAAAUCCCUCUGGUCUCUGAGGUAUGGGUGGGAGCGAAUAGACCAGGUGGGCUGUGGGCCUGGAGAAGGAGGCAGGCCGUUGGAUUUAGGAAGUCAGGCGUAGCAGGUCAGGAGGGGGGGUGGACGACUGAGACCUGCGUCUGGACGGGGUCCCGCUGCCCUCGGUUCUCCGUGUGCGUCAGGACGGCUGUGCUUCAGAGCAGAGGGGCCGCCGUCCCGUGUAGCCGGGAAGGGAGGCCUGGGCCAGGCACCCCGCUCGGCGCCUGCCUCAGCCUUGGUGUGGGGGCUGCAGCCUGCAGGGAGGCCAGCCUCUGGCCUGACCCCAUGUCCCUGCCAGCCUGGGCAAAGGGCACGGAGUGCACUGGGCCCUGUGGCUGGCUUAGCGUGACGCAGUGUUGGGGGGCUUUAAGACCAGGCCGCUGAGCGGGGCUGGGAGCGAGGUGCCAGCCCCUUUUCCCAGAGGCAGGACCAGAGUGGUCCCCCCUCGGUGAUGGUCGGGGUGCUGGGGCUGUGCCCGGAGUUUUCCCUCCACACCACCUGAUGAGGGAAGCGGUGCCGUCCAAAGAGCUGAAACCCCACUGUCCCGCCUCCUCAGACCUGCCCCCGCCUGAGUCUGCCCUCUCCCCACCCUUAGCUCCGGGCCCAUCCCCCAGGUUCCCCCCACAGCAGGAGGCUCCCGAGGCUGAAAGAGGGGAGUGGGCCUGCCCCGGGGUGUCUGGGACCCAUCCCGUGAUCCAGGUAAAGGAGUGCGUCCCGAGAGGUGGGGCUUCGGCCUCGGCCAGAAGGCGGACCACCGCUGGGUGUGCGGUGGCGGGGAGGCCGGAACCGGAACCCCACCCUUGUUCUGCCUGCUCAGGGGACAGCACGGAGCCUGCCUGGGCCCCCGGGUCCCCUGAUUCACUGCCCUGCUGGCUGGGCCUCUUGCCCAUGAACCCAGCUGUAAGCUGUGGCCGCUCUGAGAAGGCCCCACCGGCCCACCCUGCUCUGUGCAAGGCGACCCUCGGAAAUGGCAGGAGGGAGGAAGCGCCCUGGGCACAGGCCGCAGGGAGGCGCUGCCUGUCUCAUCAGCCCGGGGCCAGAUCUGCAGCCUGCCGGCCGCCGGUGGAAGAAAGUGGGGGACGGGCGCAAACCCGCCGCUGCCGCUCGGGCCACCCAGGCCUCACCUGAGGCGCAUGGCAGCCUUCCAGCUGGCAGUGCUUUCCUCCCCCUGCUGGGCCCUGCCCGCCCUCCCUGUGCCCUUGAGGCCACCGGCCCUCUGUGGAAGGCCACUUGGUGUCGCCUCAGAGAUUCAGCGGCAGCUGUCGGCCAGGGGGCGCCAUCGGGCCAAGCUCCUGAGCUGGGACUCUGGCCCCUCCUACUGCCCUGUCCGCGCACCUGGGGGCCAGCAGGCUCUAGGGCUGUACCCCCCAGGUGACCUUCAGAAGACCCUGGCAGACCAGAGGGGUGGGGGCUGAGAAGUAGGACACGUGUUCCCCCCUGUGCCUCUUUGCCAAGUGGGCACUUCACUGCCAGGCCCUGUCACCCCCACCACGUGCACGGAUCCUGAGGGAAAGGCCCCGGGCUGGUGCCUUUGCACACGGUGAGAGCUAGAUUUAAAGAUGUCAGGAAACCCCAAGUAGGGCCAGCUCGUCCAGAGUUCUGUCAGGAGAAUGGACAGAAAGUUCUAGUACAGCCUCCCCCCCCCCCCCCACCCCAUUCCCCCAUUCCCCCGGCUUGUCCUCGGCUUCCUGUCCAAGGUCCCUUCCACAGCCGCGUCAGGAAGGGGGGCAGGGCAGUGGGGACGGGGGAGAUGAGCACGGCAGAAGCACAUGUUCAAAAAUCUUAAUUUAUUGCAG